AUGGGAACGGGCUGGGAUCGUCCCUCCGCACCACCACGGUCUCCAUCCCCCAGCGGCAGCAGCGCGCGUGCGCAACUCUGCGGCGCAGGCGCGCGGCGCUGCCGCAGCGCCGGGCGGGGGGAGAGGGGCUGGAGGGAAGAGGGUGCUGUCCCAGGUCCCUACCAGGUGCCCGUAGACGUCGGCAGGCUGGAGGUAGAAGGUGGAAUUGAGCAGCUCUUCCAGCCUGCGUGGAACGUCGUUCUCCCGGUAGUACUCCAGAGCCUGCUGCUUCAGCUUCUGCAGCUCUCUAGUGGUCCCACAGCUGCGGCCGCCGCCUUCUUCCCCCAUGAAACGGCCCCCACGUCUGCAUAUUCAUCUCCAGCCCGGAGUCUUGGGGACACAGGAAUCACGCCUCUGUCCCCUUCCCAUAUCGUGAACGAUGCCGACUCGAAUGUCUCGGAGCAGCAGACGUUUCUCGUGGUGGUGGCCAUUGACUUUGGGACCACAUCUAGCGGCUACGCCUACAGCUUCACCAAGGAGCCAGAGUGCAUCCAUGUGAUGAGGCGAUGGGAAGGAGGUGACCCUGGGGUGUCCAACCAGAAGACCCCGACCACCAUCUUGCUGACUCCCGAGAGGAAGUUCCACAGCUUCGGGUACGCCGCCAGGGACUUUUACCACGACCUGGAUCCCAACGAGGCCAAGCAGUGGCUGUACCUGGAGAGGUUCAAGAUGAAGCUGCAUACCACUGGGGACCUCACCUUGGAUACAGACCUGACAGCAGCAAAUGGCAAGAAAAUCAAAGCCCUAGAAAUCUUUGCUUACGCCCUGCAGUACUUCAAGGAGCAGGCGCUGAAGGAGCUGAGCGACCAGGCGGGUUCGGAGUUCGAGAACUCUGAUGUCAGAUGGGUCAUCACGGUGCCUGCCAUCUGGAAGCAGCCGGCCAAGCAGUUCAUGAGACAGGCGGCCUACCAGGCAGGCCUGGCCUCCCCCGAGAAUGCAGAGCAGCUCAUCAUCGCCUUGGAACCCGAGGCGGCCUCCAUCUACUGCCGGAAGCUGCGGCUGCACCAGAUGAUCGAGCUGAGCAGCAAGGCCGCGGUCAACGGGUACAGCUCCAGAGACACAGUAGGAGCUGGGUUUGCACAGGCUAAGGAACACAUACGGCGUAAUCGGCAGAGCCGGACCUUUUUGGUGGAGAAUGUCAUAGGAGAGAUCUGGUCCGAGCUGGAGGAAGGUGACAAAUACGUGGUUGUGGACAGCGGCGGUGGCACUGUAGACCUGACAGUCCAUCAGAUACGGUUACCCGAGGGACACCUUAAAGAAUUGUACAAAGCAACAGGUGGACCCUAUGGAUCCUUAGGAGUAGAUUAUGAAUUUGAAAAACUCCUGUGUAAAAUAUUUGGAGAGGAUUUUAUCGAACAGUUCAAAAUCAAGCGUCCUGCGGCCUGGGUCGACUUGAUGAUCGCAUUUGAGUCUCGCAAAAGGGCAGCCGCCCCGGACCGAACUAACCCACUGAACAUCACCCUGCCCUUCUCCUUCAUCGACUACUACAAGAAGUUCCGCGGGCACAGUGUGGAGCACGCCUUGAGGAAGAGCAAUGUGGAUUUCGUGAAGUGGUCCUCGCAGGGGAUGCUGAGGAUGAGCCCCGAUGCCAUGAAUGCCCUUUUCAAGCCGACCAUCGACAGCAUCAUCGAGCAUCUCCGGGAUCUGUUCCAGAAGCCCGAGGUGUCCACUGUCAAGUUCCUCUUCCUGGUGGGCGGCUUUGCCGAGGCCCCCCUCCUGCAGCAGGCGGUCCAGACGGCCUUCGGGGACAAAUGCCGCAUCAUCAUCCCCCAGGACGUGGGCCUCACCAUCCUCAAGGGCGCCGUCCUCUUCGGCCUGGACCCCGCUGUCAUCAAGGUGCGCCGGUCCCCGCUCACCUACGGGGUGGGCGUGCUGAACCGCUACGUGGAGGGCAAGCACCCGCCCGAGAAGCUGCUGGUGAAGGACGGCACCCGCUGGUGCACUGACGUCUUCGACAAGUUCAUCUCCGCCGACCAGUCUGUGGCCCUGGGCGAGCUGGUCAAGCGCAGCUACACCCCCGCCAAACCCUCCCAGCUCGUCAUCGUCAUCAACAUCUACAGCUCUGAGUGCGACAGCGUGAGCUUCAUCACCGACCCCGGGGUGAAGAAGUGCGGCACUCUCCGCCUGGACCUCACGGGGACCAGCGGCACUGCCGUGCCCGCCCGGAGGGAGAUCCAGACCCUCAUGCAGUUUGGGGACACCGAGAUCAAGGCCACCGCCAUCGACAUAGCCACCUCAAAGAGCGUCAAGGUUGGGAUCGACUUCUUAAAUUACUAACUGGCCUUCCCCGUCGCCUGUCCCCUUGGACUCAGCUCACCUGCAUCUGCCGACCUCAGCCCUGACUGUCCUGUCCCUGCCCUUGACCCUUGACAUUGCCCACCUGAAUUUCAGCAGGGAAGACGAGACCAGGGCUAGAAAUAAUUAGAGGUUUUUGAGGGCACGCUUGAGUCAGAGAAGCUGCCGGGACAUUAAGAUUGGGGGUCAGGAAUAAGAAACGCAAGGAUCCCAGAAGAGCAGCUGGUGUCCGUCGGUCCCCGCGGCGGAAUGCCCGCCCUGCAGGGGACCCCGUGCAUCUCUGCCCCAUGGCUGGGCUCGCUCUGAGCGCACCUCGUUAUGCAGAACUCAGGAUGCUCCACCACCGUCCUUCUGGAUCGAAAUGAGAGCCUUGAGCCAGGAGGAGAUUCUUCAUCUUUCUGAGGCUUUUCUUUUUUCUUUUUUUUUUUGGGGGGGGGGGGCAGUCAAAUAUAAAAUGCCACCCAUUUGCAGUUCAUUGCUUUUCCACGUCACGUGAUGAGAAGUGGAGACUCAGUGGGAGAUUGGCGCGUCUGUAGCAGGUGGGAGAAGACCGCCUACCCUGGGCGCUGUUUUCGGUCCUCGUGAUUUAAACCCCAGACAGGUUCCAGCAGAAUACCUGUAGCCCUGACCAAUCCUCCAGGGCUUGCGUGAGCGAGGGAGCUGCUGCCUCAACUUACCAGCAGGAGAAGACUCGCGUCGAUGGGAAUGGAUGUUAAAGAGCUACCGACGCAUCCUGAAAUCACAUGCUGUGUAAUUUCAGGCAUCAGAACGCUGGAUCCUGAUUUCUGAAUUCAUAGGUCAUUCUAGUUAACCUUAGUAGGAUUUUUUGAGAAAACAAGUUUUCAUUUUCCCUUGUUCAUAGC